CUAAAACCCCUGACUAUAAAGUAAGAAAGAAAGCAAACAGCGCCAAGUAGCAAAACCCUAAUCUCCAGCUCCGCCAUCGUUUUACAGGCCCAAAGCUUACUGCGCCGAAGCCGAAGGCAACAACCUUCAAGCUCGCAGCCGCGCAGAUUCUAAGGUUGCAAAAUGGGAAGCGACAGUGAAGCGGAGAAGUCGGCGCAGAAGCAGGAUGGAGAAAAGAAGAAGAAGGCCAUAGCUCUGGCUCCCAUAGCCAAGCCCCUUGCCGGCAAGAAGCUCUGCAAGCGAACUUUCAAGCUCGUCCGCAAAGCUGCUGAACAUAAAUGCCUGAAAAGAGGAGUGAAGGAGGUUGUCAAGAGCAUCCGGCGGGGUGGCAAAGGGAUAUGCAUUAUUGCUGGGAACAUAUCUCCAAUUGAUGUCAUAACUCAUGUUCCAAUUUUGUGUGAAGAGUCUGAAGUUCCGUACAUAUACGUCCCUUCCAAAGAAGAUCUUGCAACCGCAGGAAACACAAAGAGGCCUACAUGCUGUGUUCUCGUACUAACGAAGCCUCCCAAGGGAGAGAUAGCCAAGGAGGAGCAGGAGAAGUUGAAGUCGGAUUAUGAUCAAGUUGUAGCAGAUAUCGCUGAGCUCACUUCCUCUAUGUUUUGAUCCACAAUGCUCUGCAAUUUCUUGUAUAACCUAAGACAAACCAUCGAAUCCUGUCCGACUCUUAUCCGGUUAAUGAUAUGCAGUUUUGGGCUUAUUAUGCAGCCCAGACUGUUGAUGAUUUCUUGAUUGUGUAUGAACGAGCAAGCUAAUCCAUCCUCCUCUGAUUCCCUCCUCCUUCUUGUCUAGGUCUAACCCUUGCCUUCAUGCUCUCUCGCGCGUCAUCUGCAUAUGUUUUGCACUGCAUCUGCCGAGAU